AUAGAGCCGCGUCGCUUCCGGUCUCGCGGGAGCCGAGGGAGCCGGAAGUUUGGUGGGCUCCGGGCGUCGCGAUGGAAGAGAGCGACUACGAGUCGGUGCUCUGUGUCAAGCCGGAGGUCCACGUCUACCGCAUCCCGCCGCGGGCCACCAACCGUGGCUACAGGGCCUCGGAGUGGCAGCUGGACCAGCCAUCAUGGAGUGGCCGACUGAGGAUCACUGCGAAAGGGAAGGUGGCCUACAUCAAGCUGGAGGACAGGACCUCAGGGGAGCUCUUUGCUCAGGCACCGGUGGAUCAGUUUCCUGGCAUGGCAGUGGAGAGCGUGACAGACUCCAGCAGGUACUUCGUCAUCCGCGUCGAAGACGGAAAUGGGCGACGGGCAUUUAUUGGAAUUGGCUUUGGCGACCGAGGUGAUGCCUUUGACUUCAAUGUGGCAUUGCAGGACCAUUUCAAGUGGGUGAAACAGCAGAGUGAGUUUGCAAAACAAGCCCAGAACCCAGACCAAGGCCCCAAGCUGGACCUGGGCUUGAAGGAGGGUCAGACCAUCAAGCUCAACAUUGCAAACAUGAAGAAGAAGGAAGGAGCAGCGGGGACUCCCCGAGCCCGGCCUGCCAGCACAGGAGGGAUAAGUCUGCUUCCCCCACCUCCUGGGGGCAAAGCCUCCACACUGGUCCCACCCCCUGGGGAGCAGUUAUCAAUGGGAGGAUCCCUUGUCCAGCCACCGGUUGCUCCUGGCUCAGGAGGUGCCACCAUGCCCUGGCCACAGCCCAAGCCUGCAACUGCUGCCACCGCUGACAUCUGGGGAGACUUUACCAAAUCUACAGGGUCGGCUUCCAGCCAAACACAGCCAGGCACAGGCUGGGUCCAGUUCUGACUGGAGCACAGCUGUCCUAAAACUGCUUCUGGGAAGGAGCUGCUUGUCCGGGCUGAAGAUGGAAGCAGCAUGCCCUGGCCAGC